UAAUAUUCCAAAUAAGGUUAAGGGACUGUUGAAUCUGAGUUGUGUGAUGAUGUCAUCUACAACUUCAUCCUCAAGAAGAUGAUGUCAUUCCCAAAUUCAUCUUAAAGUUAGUAAAUUCAUCUUAAAGUUAUGUGGUGAUGUCAUAAUAAUCCCCCCACAUAUCCUGUUCAUAAAUGUAUAAAAUGGGGUACAAUCCUAUCAUUUAGUCAGUCCAAAAGUUCUAAAGUUAUCAUUAACUUUGUUACACGUCUGCUGUCUGCCGUAGUUUAUUAAGUUUAUCUAUAGACCUUGCCGGUCUCGGACACCAGUCUUUGAUCCAUGGGCUCAGCUAAUUCUGUAUAAUAGACGAAUGGACUGAAACCACAUCGUCUUCUCAAACUGACAGGCAUGACACUAUUAACACAUAUAGCUAUUUACUGAGUGACGUUGCAAACAUAUUUUUUACUUCUGACGAUAUGGAAGAAUUGCAAAUAUUAUACGAAUUAGAACACAUGUUACUGGAAACUGAAUGGAACUCAUCUUUGGAGACUAUUUAUGAUUUUUCAACGGAGAUUCUGAAUGUAUCAUUAUUGCUAAUUUCAUCGGAUUCCGUCAAGACGGCAGAAGACAAGUUUAAGAUUGUAUCAAUGAACGAAUUCUUAUUCAAACAAGUGGGCUCAUAUCUGUCUGAAAAUAUUGGAAUUGAUCUUACCUCUGAUCAUCAAUCUGUAAAUGUACAGAAGUUAUCAUCGACUACUAUCGAGAUUGAAUUGGACGUCCACGGUGGAGAAAAUAAUGGAGGAUGUAGCGUGUCUUUCUUUUUUACGUCUCCAAGUGAUGACUUUACUGUUCUCGUCAUCAUAUACCAAGACCUUUCACUAUUUGGUGGAGCCACUGAUAUUGCGACAUCAACAGCUAAUGAGAAAGAAGACAGUCUCGUUUUUUCAUCUGGAAUUCUGACUAUCACCCUCUACAACUCAUCUCUUCAGAAGAUACCGAUACCUGUAAAUUUCACCAUUCAGCAUUUGGAGAAUGUAAUGGAAGAUAUACGUUUUGGUGGACAUCUAACGCGAUGUACAUUUUGGCAUGAAUUGGAUAAGGUGUGGUCUGAGACCGGUUGCCAAACUGUGCACGAACAAGAUUCACUCAACUCGACGAAAUGUGUCUGUGAUCACACUACGAGCUACGCUUUACUAGUAGGAAAUGAUGUGAUUUCAACUACGAAUAGGGCAAUAUCGAUGUUGACUACAAUCCUUUGUUGUUGUUCUGUUUGUUGCUUGCUUAUGAUGUUGUUGGUCUACGUGUCAUUUGAGGCUCUGAGGAAUUCGGAGAAAAAUCACAUCCACAAAAAUUUAGUGGUAGCACUGUUCCUUGCUCAGCUGCUAUUUUUGACUGCCGUGGAGAACAUAUCGAGUAAGGGAGUGUGUACUUUUGUCGCCAUUGUUCUCCAUUACUUGUAUCUCUCAGUUUUUACGUGGAUGACUAUCGAAGGUUUAAACUUGUACCUAAAGAUAGUUCGUGUUUUCAACUCGGAUCUUUUGAGCAUACGUGCAUACAUGAUGAUAGGUUGGGGAGUGCCUAUUUUAAUUGUGGCGAUUGCAGUCACUUGUAAUAUCGAAGGCUAUGGCAUUAUCAACGAUCAAAAUCAUUACAUAUGCUGGAUAGACGUCAAGAGCCCACUUUUGUAUGCAUUCAUUGUCCCUGCGUAUAUUGCAGUACUGGUAAAUACUGUUGUAUCGAUAUUCGUUUGGCGAAUAAUUUACUUGAAAACCGACAACAACAACAGAUGGAAAGAUGCAAGAUCGUCUUUGAAAGGUGUGAUUAUGCUGUCACCUCUUCUUGGGUUACCAUGGCUAUUCGGUUUGUUUGCUCGAAAUUCGAGUGUUUCCAUUGGAACUAUUUUUACCGCCUGCAAUGCUCCACAAGGAGUGUUUCUCUUUUUCACGCACUGCCUGUUUAGUAAUGAGGUGAGAACGGCGAUGAAGAUGCAUUGGUCCAAGAGAAAGGCUCGGUUUAGUGUUCAGCCGCAAACAAAAUGUUCAAACGUACUAACUUCAGAACAGAAUCAGGCACGGACCGAAAACGUUUGAUCUCCGAGUAACAAUCCUCUACUUAAGAAUAUUGAUAUGAACAUAAUAUGGACUUUCAGGAUUAUGAAUAUAAUUAUGUUGGAUUUAGGGUAGGCCUAUUUGGACUGUAUAUUUUGUGUCGCCAGUUGUUUCAACAUUUAAAAUGUAAUUUAAUAUUAAUUUAUGCAAUUAGUGUAUUAACUUAAGUAGCUGGACUUUCAAUUAAUUGAAGUGGCAUAACAGAAUAAUGAUAAAAUAAUGAUGAAAAUUGUGAUAAUAUUACUUGUUAUUACAUUUUAUCAAGUCUGAUUGUUAGAGAAUGUAAUGAUCUACUGUGAAAAUGAUGUUGAUUUUAUUUGUAAAUGAUAUAUCUUAAACUAUAUUAUAUGAGAAUGUAGCAUUUUAUGAUUUUUUUGCAGAAGAAUCAGCUGUGGUUUGUCAUUCGAUUUAUAAUAUCACACAACUUAUUUUGUAUUUCGGCAGAGGCUGCCUUAUGGCAAAAUUGAUAUAUAGAAGGCGUUUCGAAUUAAUGCCAAUGCAUUCAUUCCAACAUCACUUAUUGGGUUUUAAAUAAAAUUAUAUUCAAUCUUCAUUAAUCUUGAACAAAUCACUCAUUUAUUAAUGGAUAAUAAUGAAAAUUAGUAAAUCAUAUGAUAAUAAGAGGUUGAUCACUUUGUUGUAAAUAGUAAUGGCAUUUUGAUACUCACAUGUGGUGACGAUCAAUUACUUAAUAAUAAUUUGAUAACUAGAAAUCACACCAUUAUAGGCUUAAUUCGUUUGUGUUUAGUAUAAAGUUAAUGCAGAAUCGCCCUGUG